AUGGCGGGCCCCCGACGCCACCAACCGCCACUUCCGGCCUCCGCCCCGGAGCUGACCAGACGGUUUCCGUUGCCGGGCGGCCGCGCGUGCGCGCCGCGGCGCUGGCGUCGCUGCGGCGGCGGGGCGGUAGGGAACGCGAUGAGAGAAGCAGGAAUCGGGAGGCUCCUGGCUGCCAACCUCCUCCGUGGCUUUUCAGUUAUUCUGACAGCGGUUGUGCCGGCUUUCUUCUGGGAAGGAUUCACGGUUUUGGGAACACACCUCACGUGGCUGUGUGUUUGUUCUGUUUCUGUUAGUACCCUUAAUAUAAUCUUGCACUUAGUCCUUAAACCAAAUCAGUCUUCUAAGAGAAGUUCAUUUGCUCAUAAGAUAUCCAGAUUUCUAAAAUGCUGUAUGUACUUUUUCAUGUCUUGCAUACUAUUUCAUGCGAUUAUUGUUCUUUAUGGAGCACCUCUCAUAGAGUCAGUGACUGAGACGUUUUUGUUUGCUGUUCUUCUGUCUACCUUUACUACUUUACAAUGCUUGUGUAUGCUGGGACCAAACAUACAAGCGUGGAUACGGGUAUUUAGUAAAAAUGGAGCUACAUCCAUCUGGGAAAGCAGUCUACAGAUUACUACCAUAUGCAGUAUACUGGGAGCUUGGUUUGGAGCAUUUCCUAUUCCUCUUGAUUGGGAUCGGCCUUGGCAGCUGCCAUUGAUGAGAGUCAGAUUUGAGAGGUCAGAGAUUCAUGUGUUAACUGAGACAGCCUGAAACUUAUCUAAGGUAACACUUAUUUUUAAAAAGAAAAAAUGAAUGUUUUGGAAGACAGAGGCAUAUUUAACAUUAAAAGUUAUGUAACUAUUUGAGAACCAUGUUCCAAGUUGCAGUUAGGUAAAAGAAUAUACAACAAUCAUCAGAGAUUCUUUUAAUCGUACCAACAAUCGUGUACUAUACACAAAAUACGAAAAGAUACAGGGUCAGUGGGUCAUUUGGGAUAUUGACUCUCUAGUUAAGAGAACAUGAAAAAAUUCAGAGUCCAGCAUCUACCCAUGUUUCUGAAAAGCAAACAGGCAACUACAGAUUCACCUAAUGUAGGUAUCAUUUAAUGAAGGAUCCUUGUUCACUCAGAGAAUUGGAUGUAAAAAGACCACUGUGUUAUGAAGCCUCUGUCCAUAGCUUUGUGGAUACUGGAGUGGUAUUUGACUUCGCUAGUGGAUAAGAAAGUACAACUCCUGUUCCAACUGAACAUUACUGACUGAGCAGCUGGGCUUGCACAUGGUUUUUUUUUAUUGUUUUGUCCUUUAGACAUAUGUAAUAAGUAAAAUGCUAGAAAUAACUUAAUUACAUUUAAUCUAAAAGUUGAAAAGAUCCACCUGAAGCAUAAGUUUAGCCAAGGCCACAAUCUCAUGUGAGUUUUAAAUAUACAUAAUAUCUUACCAUGCCAAAGCAUCUCAAGGCUUUAUAUAGAAGAUCUACAAUACUGCUGUUGAAUGAAUGAAAACAAGCAGUCUUUGGUUUGAGAGGCAACAGCCAAAAUAUCCAGCAAGAAAACAAGUAGCAGAGACAGAAUGUCCAGAAUGGAAGAAUGAAACAAGGUCAGUAAAGAGUACCUAAGGCACCUUGUUUAUAGUCAUCUUUGCUACACUCCUUAAGACCUCCAAAUAAUAUAUAAAACUGCAAAUGCUAAGGAAUGUGAGGAUGAAACAGCAGAGGACAAAAUACACUACUCUUAUUCCUAGUUAAAAUUCCCAUGAUCAAAGGAUGUGAAUAAAUAAAAUUUUCCAAGUGUGUAAUGAAGUAAUGCGAAGAAUCCGAGCUAGGAAAACAAAUGGAGGAACCAGUACCAUUAAGAAUAAGUUAAUUUGAUAUUCAUUAAUUGCAAGUCAAAAUGAAAUAGAAAAGGCUGGACACUGAGAUGUGGGUAUUUUCUUUAACAUCUAGUGCAUUCUUCAGUCUCAAGUACUAUAGAGAGUGGAAAUACCCCUCUUAAUUUAAAAACUAAAAAAAUAGAAGUGCAGUCUGUACUUGCUUCAGAAAUGUGCACUGUACAGCCAGAAGUGCAAAAUUGUCCUUGCAAAAAAAGCCAACAAACCAACCAUGCAAAGGAGAAUUUUUAAGAUGGAUGAGAAUUCAGUUUAUUCUACAAUAGUUUUUAAUCACCAACUUAGUUGAGACUUUCAUCAAACACAGUAUGUAGUUGACUAGUAAUAUAAGGUCUAUCUCUGGACAGACUUACUAAGUUUUAUUUUGCCCACUCCUCUCCAAAUCAAUACCAAUUUAAAAAAAUUAAAAAGGGACUGGGGGGAGAAUCCCAUUACUCCUUUGCCUCAAUACUACAUGGUUUGUGAAAGUGAGUCAACUGCAUUGAGUCUGUUCCCUGUUCUUAUACUAGGAAAUAGAGCUUACCAUUAAAGUUCUCUUUAACAUAACUGGCUUACUAUAUGUUUGCUGAACUGGGUGCAAGAUAUUCAGUAAGUUUCCGAAUGUAUUUUCCCUCCCUACUGCUAGACAGAGAGAAAUUAAUCCCUUUUCAAGACAAAAAGAGAAAGAAAACCCUCUAUCCAUCUCAGUCUCUGGCCUUAUUUGAAUAUUAUUUAAUUUAUGCACACCACUAAAAGUUUGAGAAUGCUAUAAAAGAUUGGCAGGAGAGAUCACAGAGGAAUCUGUAGGUUUUCAAAUGUGUGCAGCAGAACAAGAAGUUAG